CGAGAGGGAAACCUCUCCUGUCAUCCUGGCUGGAUCUUUGCGCUUGCCGUAGGUCACAGAACAGACCAAUGUCAUUGAUGAGGUCACAGAAUGAAGCUAUGUUCCUAGUGACCAAGGAGAGCCUAGCAACCACUUGAACUGGGGGCCAGUGGAGGGUUUCAGCACAGCCCAAGCCAACUCUCACCAAACAGCUGAAGCACUGAGUCCCCGUGGGCACAGGUAUCAAACCAUGAAACGCCACUUCAUGCACCAUAGUGAAAAGCAGUCAUCAACAGAAGGAACCACCCUCAGUUUAGCCAGCCCUGAGUCCACAGAGGACAGCCUGGAAGUGAGCUGGCCAGGGCCCUUGAAGAGAGAGGAAACAUGUCUGCUGCCCGGGCCGGGCAUUUCCCAGGAGGAGGACCUGUAUUUCUCCGCCGUCAGGGCUCGGCGGAGGCUGAGCUGGACCAGCUCUCCCACGUCUCAGUCCUCCUCCGAGUACCAGUCCUACUCCCAGUACCAGUCCUGCUGCUCCUGCAUGUAUGACGACGCGGACGCCCAGCAAAGCGUGUGUGCGCUCUACACCCACGUGCAGACGGUGAAGGGUGUGGCAGUGGCUUGGGAGACAGACACAGGCUUCGAACCCGUGAGCAGGAAGCCCCGCAUUCACGAAGCUGAGUUCAUCAAGAGGCAGAGGAGAAAAGGCUCCUCCUUUGAGAUGGCGUCGAACACCGACCUGCACUGGGACUUGGAAGCCAGCAAGAACAACUGCUGCACAGAGCCUGAUGAUUCGGAGCUGCCUGGGCCCCUGGACUGCUGCCUGCAGGAGUUGCGGGAACACCCGGACUGGCUGGUCACCACCAACUACGGCUUGCGCUGCGUGGCCUGCUGCCGAGUCUUCCCCACGCUGGAGGCGCUGCUGGAGCACGCCCAGUAUGGCAUCCAGGAGGGCUUCAGCUGCCAGAUCUUUUUUGAGGAGAUGCUGGAGAGAAAGCGGGCCCGGGACCAAGAGCAACAGCUGGAGGAGGAGGAGGAGGAACACAACCCUUCGGGUAGUAGUGAAUGUUCUAAGCCUCACGCCAAGGUGCCUCAGUCACAGCCACAGAAGCAGUGAGCUGGAGGUGAUGCGCCCAGCCCCGUCCUCACCUCCUGCACCUCAUUGCUCUCUCUCCAACCCCCAGGACCAGAGCCACCUGGCAGGGAGAGAGGACGAGGGCCAGGGAAGGACGCAAGCAGAACGUAGAGCUGGGAGGGCCAUGAAAAAGGAAGGGGAGCCACCCUACCAAAGGGCACAGAAUUUCACCCAGAGUCCUCUUCAAAACCUGAAUCCAAAGAGCUAGGCUUCAAGUAUUUCCGACUGCAGAGGCAAGAUCUGAAGCUGGUAAGCCUGUGGCCACAGAAUUUUUAUUUUUGCUCGUGGAUCAAGCAGGUCAUGAUUCACAGGAGAGCCAACUGCAAAUGAAGCUUCAACCCUAUUUUUUUCAUUGUUAGGAAUCCAUCAUAUGCCCUACUUCUAUCUCUUAUUUUGGUGGGAUUAAACUUAAAUAACUCAAAGUUUGAGGCAAUGACUCAUUGAGUAAACCAUGCUCUUUAGCUCUUGCCAUUUCUGUAGGUUACAGACUAGCACAGACACUAGGUCAUAGGUAGGUUCCCAGAAGUAGAGAGGGGGCUGGGUGAGUCCUGCUGACCCCUGAGUUCACAUAUGCUAACUAUGCAUUGUAAAAUGUUGCAAUAAAGUUCUUUUUCACCCUCCUAUCUACCCCUAGUC